UCAUAGCCAUGGAGAUUCUUUACGGUGCAAUGUCAGGUGGGGAAAGGAAACUGACGGUCCGUGAAUUUCUUCACUGCUACCGUCCAGACGAGAUUUCUGGAUCAAGGGGGAUGUAUAGUUUUGCUAGUCGGAGCCCCUUGUUGAAGGUGAUCUUUGAGACCCCAGACUCAAAUAGAGACUGGAAGAGUCGCUACUUCUUCCUGGAGGGUGACAGGUGGAUGAACCAUCCAGGGGAGACGGAUUACAUGCCCGUCGACACAACUUGGGCUGUGAUAAAUCAAUCGUGUAUGCAUCCGUCUUAAUUUUGUAAAGCUUUUCAUAUCCGUCCAUUUUUAUGUGUAUAUCUUGAUCGUCUCUCUCUGCAGGUAGACGGCGCCCACAAGUCAGCCUUGAGGAGUUUAGUUUCCUUGAAAAGGUUUGCAGGAAAACUACGCCGGAGGAAAGGACUUGGGCUAAAUUGGUGAACCCGAGGACCAUACAUUGGUACUGCGACGGUCCUGAGCCCACCCAAGAGGCAAUUAGAUACGACGAACGAGUUCAUAGACAGAUGGAAGACGCAAAAAGGAGAGCUUUGAUCAAAUCCCAAGCCGUCAAGAAGAGGGAAUCCGGCGAGGUGGUACCUAAGGUGUCGGCUUCAGCCCCUAAGAGGAAACCGACAUCAAAAUCUGACCGUCCAUUUAAGCAACCAAAGGUCUCUCUUGAACCUGUGGUUGGUCUAAUGGCUGAGGGUAACAAGACCGUCACCCCAGCAAAGCAGGGGAAGGGUAAAGGAUUGAUGACGGCCCCAGACGGUAAGCAAGAGAGACCUCCUUCCCUUUUCCGUGACGACUCCAAGUAUGCAUUGGAGAAGCUGUCGUCCAUCAUCACGGCAGAAGACUAUGAAGAUCUGGGAAACCAUUCGACGGAGGCCAUGGGGGAGACGGGCCUCUUUGCCGUCGCUCAGGUUGGUUAUGUCUGUCAAAUAAGUUUAUUUUUCUUUCUCGUUGUUAUUUACAUUCUGUGACGGUCUAUUUUCUAUUCGCAGUCCUUGGUCAUGAUGAAGGGACUAUUGGACCGGUGUCUCAACCGUGAGAGUACCUUGGACCGGGUGCGCGCGAAGGCGGAGUAGACGGAGGAAGAGCUCAGACAACUUCAUGAAUGGAGGUCCAAGAUGGAGAAGAAGCUGGAGCUUUCUGAGAAGGCGAGGAAGGAGCUGGAGGAGA